GGAGAGACUAAUGGCGGCGGCUGAUGAAAUAUUGGCGCUGUUUGAAAGAACGAUCGCAUCGUACGAGGAGGAACUUUCUCGAACAAAAGAGGAGAGCGAGCGGCAUCGACAACGACUGGAGGCUGUUUUUAAGACUCACAGCGACGGACGACCUGUUUCCUGUUGUAUGGUCAUACAUGCUGAAUGAAGGCAGAAGUUACGCGGCUGUAGGGCGCCUGGAUUACUGUAAAUGAAUCUUCAGCUCAUGGAGGAUGACAAGGAGGAAUGUGUUUUAACAAGCAUACAAAAACGAAAAGUCAUGACGUCCAACAGCUGAUUGGUCUCCCUCAGCUGCAGGAGGAUCCCGGGGCCCCCCACGUAAAAGAGGAAGAAGAGGAACUGUGGACCGCUCAGCAUGGAGCGCGUCUCCUCCGGCUGGAGGAUGCUGAUCUCGCCAAGUUGCCAAUGACUGUUGUCUCUGUAAAGAUUGAAGACCUUGGAGACGAGCCACAAGCAGGCAACCUCUUAGCUCCGCUGUCAGACAGCGAUGAAACAACAUCACACUCCCCUGAGUCAGACAUGGAGCUCACUGGAGACAAGGUGGAGGAAGGCCGGAUAAAGGAGCAGGAAGGUGAGCCCUCAGAGGAGGACCAAGCAGCCUUCGAGGGACGGGAGCACAUUGAAGAGGCUCGCCAUCCUCUGUGGACACAAAACAAAACGCCCGACGUCGUGAUGAAUCUAAGAAAGCCAAAGUGGCAACCGUCUCCAGAAGUGGGGAGGGAUUGCGGUAAAAAUGUACCCAAGUCAAAGAAGACCCAAGCAGAGAUACAAAGAGAGUAUCGUCAGAGGCUGAAAGCAGAUGCUGACAGGUACCAGAAGCAGAAAGAGCGCGAUCAACUGCGGUGUCAACUGUGGCGACUGAGUCGGUCAGAAGAACAGAAGGAACAUGAAAGGAAACUUGCAAAGGAAAGGUCAAGAAAAUACCGGCAGAGGAAAAAGGCAUCUGGAAGUGGAACGUCCAGAGCUGCGACCAGAAGGCCGAGCAAGUCGACACAGGGUCAAGUCCAGAAGUGGAGAGAGGCGAAAAGAAAUCAAAGAGCGUUAAUGUCUGCUCAAGAGAGGAGAACCGUAAAUGAGAAGAGGAGGCAAAAAUAUGCAGAGAAGAAGGCUGUUAAGGUUUACAAAAAAUACUCUUAUGAAUGAAGUCAUCAAGGACAUCCGGAAAAACAUAUGGCAAAAGUAUGAAAAUCUGUUGUGUGUAUGCUAGCGGCCUCGUCUCCACCCACCGGGACAAAGAGACUGUAUAAGUGACAAAAGGGAUCACUCUGUUCAUGCACAUUUGUAUUUAUUAUUUAUUUAUUUAUUGGUGGCUGCAGGAUUGGCUCUCUGCUUUUUGCAGAUGAUGUGGUCCCGCUGGCUUCAUCGAGCCGCAAACUUCAACUCUCACCUAACAAAAUACAUGGACUCCACAACAGAGAAAGGUGAUGGACCGUACCGAGGCAAGGGCGCAAUACCUCCGAAUUUUACGGCUUAAAAAGAAGACCGUGGUCAUUUCAGAGGUAUGCGUGCAGCACACACAUCUACUCGGGUUCCCGCGUCACAGUCUUAUCAACCCGGCGGCGCAUUGAGAGGGAGACUCUGUCUCUCAUUUUACAUCCAUCUGUUUUUUUUUUUCAUUUUCUGUAUUAAUCGGCAUGUGUUUGUUUCUAGAACGUUGACAUUUAGGUUGAUUUAUUUUUUUUACAUUUUUGCAAAUUGUGGUUGCAUUAGAAUAAUGUGUUUAUUUUGUUAAAUGAUGGUUUUGUGGGUUUUUUUUCCCCUAACAAACUAGUACAAGUUAUGUUAAAUGUUCAGUUUUCCAUUCAUGUGUCAUUUGUAAUUAUGUUUGCAUCAUUUUCUGCAUGUAAAAUUAGAAUUAUUGUCUAUAAAAUGUGUCUUGUGUUAAAAUUUUUGGGCGUCUGGAACGGACUCAUUAGAUUUACAUUAUUUUCUGUGUGAAUAUUUGCUUUGGUUAGAAUCCGUUUUGGUUUGAGUCGGACCUUCUGGAACGGAUUAAUGAUAACCAAGGCACCACUGUAUUUUGUGUUUUAAGCAAUGGGGUGCUAACAAAACAGUUGUUUCCGUUUAGAAAUGUGAAGGGAAAGCUAGUUAGCUAGUUCAACACGAUUGUUAGCCUUGUAUCAAGAAAUUCCAGUUGUGGUUGGUCUUCACCAAAAUCAAUAUUGAGAUUACUAUUCCAUUUUCUGUGGGCAGAAACACUGAAGACAAAGAAGGGCCUCAGUCCACCAGAUGUCAAGAUGAGGGCAGCCAGGGAGGUGAAAUUAAAUAACUAUCCGGAGCACUGCCAAGGACUUGGAUAUAAAUUACAGAACAUGAGCAAGAGGUUGCUGGAGAAGAAGUCCAGACAGUUUUCAGCGAGGAGCAAAAAUGUCAGCUGGAGGAACAUGUAAGAACAGCCUCAGAUAUUUACUUUGGCCCCUCCCCUAUCCAAGUCCUCAAGCUGGCAUACACCUUGCAUGCACAAUAAUGUCGCUCUCCGCACAAACCAGGUAGAGAAGGAAAUGGCGGGGGCAAACUGGUUCUCUGGGUUUCUGAAGAGACACCCCUUGCUUUGUGUCAGCCCCCGGAGGCCACUCACAUAUGUAGUUUUGAAUGAGCACGACGUGGGCCGUUUCUUCGCCAACUUGGAGGAGGUAAUGCUAGAUACACAUUGGAGCCCCAGUCAAUGUGGAAUAUGGAUGAAAUGGGUUACAAUGUCCAGGAGCCCAACAAAGUGGUAGGUAGGAGACAGACAGGUGACAGACAAACAAGGCGGGUCUUUGACCGCUACAGAGAGAAGAACACUGGUAACAUUCUCCUGUACCAUCUCUGCCACUGGGACAAGCAUCCCCCCAUUUGUCAUCUUCCCCCAGGUGAAGUUCAACAACCAUUUGUUACUUUCUGCCCACACCGGAAGUGCAGGAGCGGCAAAUCCGAGUGGGUAGAUGAAGGAGGAGCAUGUUGUGUCUCGUACAAGAUGCAUCAUGGAGAUGCUGUGUCUCCUGUCCACCAAAAUCCUUAGUUGCUUCUACAGACGCACUGUGGAAAGUGUCCUUACCGCCUCCAUCACUGUUUGGUACGGUAACUGUACAACACGUGAUAGGAAGGCACU